CCCAUUCCCUGUAACCUAUUGAAGAAGCACAGAAGAAGAAAAAAAUCGCCAUUGAAAAUGUUGAAGCUUAAGAGAUUUAGCUCAGCUGUAACGCCUGCAAUUUUCAAUUCAAGGAAAAAUUUCUAUGGAGAAGAGAAAUUGAUUUCUCUAAUAGCUUUACAGAAUCCAUGUCGAUGGACUUCCAAACGCUUCCUCGAUAUUUACCAGCUAGGAAACAAGGAGGCAAUUGCGAAAGAGCGUGCUCGGAUUAAAGAUGAGAUGAACCGGGGUUACUUUGCUGAUAUAAAUGAGUUGAAGCAACAUGGUGGUAAGAUUGGAACUGCAAAUAAGAUUAUCAUUCCAGCAAUGACGGCGGUGAAGUUUCCUGCAUUGGAAGUGAAUCUCUCAGAUGGUUCAAACCUUAAGCUUCCCAUCACAUCCACUGCUAAUGGUGUUGAGGCAAAUAAAUUAGAAGCAUCAAAGGCGUCAUUGAUGUGUCUUUCAUUCCGCGCAAGCUCACAGGCAAUGAUAGAUUCUUGGAGUAAGCCAUUUCUGGAUACAUUCAAAGAUUCCAAAAGGGUUCAACUCUAUGAGAUCUCCUUGAUAGAUUCGUGGUUUUUGACACUCAGUCCUGUAAAGAAACUGCUACUUCGGAUGAUGAGGAAAUCUAACCCUCAUGAAAGCAAGGAUGUACUGCAUAGACAGAUUGUUUAUUCAUUUGGUGACCAUUACUAUUUCCGGAAAGAGCUUAAAAUACUGAACCUUCUGACUGGGUACAUGUUCUUGGUCGAUAAAUUUGGUAGAAUACGAUGGCAAGGUACUGGAUUGGCAACAGAAGAAGAGUUGUCAUCGCUUCUCUCCUGUACGUCUUUUCUCCUGGAUGAGGAAUCGAAGUAAGAAAAAUCAACCGGCAUAUGGAGGGGCUUUUUUGUGAAGUGGAUUUUCAGGUUCCUUCAUAAAUGUUCCAUGUUUGUGCUUAUUCUGUACCUCGUUCUGUUUUCGGAAUCGUUUUAGUUUUCCUAAAAUUAUAUACAUUUUUGGUGAUUCUACCUUCUGGACAAGUUCCUUGAGCUGAAUUGGCUGUGAGCCAUGAAACAUAGAUGUUGUAAGCACUUUCUUCAGUGUAGCAUAGGACUAGCAAUAAUGGCUUCCAUGAAAAAUCAUAUAUUAAUUUUUUGCAUUUUCUGAUAGAAGAAUGUUAAAUA